CAGCUCUUAUUAUCAGGGGGUUUUUUGUACAUUUUCAGAGGUUAUUUUUACUUCCUUGUUGGUUCAUGACAUGAUCUAGUUUUGGUGAUUUUAUUUUUCUGUUUUCUUUUUCUUCUGUUUGGAUUUGGAACACUGUAUUGUUGCGGUAUUUCGGCGGCGGUGUCGUUUACAUCCUGCUGUGUGGCUGUGGUUUGGGUUUUUGUCUUCUGGUUCUGGUUCAGCCGGUAUCUGAGACCUGAGGCGGUCCAUGCAGCACUACCGCCACUAUGGCACCUCCUCGUCUUCCUCCUCUGCUCCUGUAGAGGAGAUCCACACCGAGGCGGCGGAGGAGGAGGAAGAGGUGUAUACUGAAGAAGAGGAGGGGCUGGAGGCAGGAGGUGUUCAAGAGGAGGAGGAAGUCCAACCUGUGGAGGCAGACGUGCAGCCUGUUGUCAUGGAUACAGAGGUGAAGACGCCACCUGUGGAAAGUAAGAACGGAAAGAAGACCGAGGGAGGAGGAGCAGGAGGAGGUGCUGGAGGGGGGCCUAAAUACUCCGUGUUCACCUGGGUGGUUGUCCUGGGUCUGCUGGGCGUCUGGAGCUCCAUGGCCGUGGUCUACUUCGACAUCGUGGACUACGACAGCGUCAUCGCCAGAGCCAAGGAGUUCCGUCUGAACUUUUCAGACGUUUUACAAGGUAAACUGAUGGCCUACGACACCGACGGUGAUGGAGACUUCGACGUGGAAGACGCCAAAGUUCUGCUCGGACUGAAGGAGGCGGAGCCUGGCGCCGUGGGAGCCUCACCUGAGACAACAGGAGCCAGCGAACGCAUCGUUGAGCCGACCAAUCAACAGGCUGCACAACAGCAGGGGGAGGAGCCAAAAGAGGCAACAUCGGGUGACCCGGCCGCUGAGGAGACGCCGUCAGCCUCUGGAUCUCACGAUGUGGAAUCUGAAAUCCAAGCUGCCGUUCCACUUCCGUCAAUCGAAGACGACUUCAUACCAGAUGAUCCUCGAGAAGACGUCGCUCAUCCUUACGAGGAUGAAGUCGACACUAUAGACACGACUGGAGUUUUGGUGGAGGAGCCGCCGUCGCAGGAAAGUAUCGUGGAUUCUGGACGAUACGUGACGAGUUCUGAAGUCACACAGGAAUCAGAACCGGCUGUCACAGCAGAGGAACCAUCUGAGUCUCCAGCAGAACCACCCCCAGAACCAGAACAACAACCAGAACCAGUACUAGAACCAGAACCAGUACUAGCCGCAGAGCCAGAACCAGCCCCAGAACCAGAACAACAACCACAACCAGAACCAGAACCAGUACUAGAACCAGAGUCCCAACCACAGACUGAGACCCGACCAGAGACAGGAAGUGUUCCUGAGGCUGAAGGAUCAACGGAAAAGCUCAAAGAAAAAGCCAAAAAGAAGAAACCAAAGCUGUUCAACAAGUUUGAUAAAACCAUCAAAGCGGAAAUCGACGCUGCAGAGAAACUGCGUAAGAAGGGUAAAGUGGACGAGGCGUUGAGGGCGUUUGAGUCUCUGGUCCAGCAGUAUCCACAGAGUCCCCGAGCACGCUACGGAAAGGCCCAGGCGGAGGACGACGUGGCCGAGAAGCUGCGGAGUAACGACAUGCUGCAGAGAGCCAUCAACACCUACAGGGAGGCCGCCGAGCUGCCCGACGCCACCUCCGACCUCCUGAUGGCGGCGCUGAAGAGGCGAGCAGAGAGGCAGCAGUUCCUGGGUCGGAUGCGAGGCUCGUUGGUGACUCUGGAGAGGUUGGUUCAGAUCUUUCCAGAAGACAUCAGUCUGAAGAACGACCUGGGCGUCGCCCAUCUGUUGCUAGGCGACAACAAGGGCGCCAAGAAGGUCUAUGAGCAGGUCCUGGCGGCUGCACCCAAUAACGGAUUUGCGAAAGUUCACUAUGGUUUCAUCCUGAAGUCGGAGAACAAGAUCGCAGAGAGUAUCCCAUACCUGAAGGAGGGUUUGGAGUCCGGCGAACCGGGGACAGAUGAUGGACGGUUUUAUUUCCACCUUGGAGACGCUCUGCAGCGAGUUGGAGACAACAGCGCCUACCACUGGUAUGAGUUGGGACACCAGCGUGGACACUUUGCGUCGGUGUGGCAGAGGUCUCUGUACAACGUGGAGGGUCUGAAGGCGCAGCCCUGGUGGACGCCCAAAGAGACCGGAUACACCGACCUGGUCAAGAUGCUGGAGAGGAACUGGAAGACGAUCCGGGAUGAGGCUCUGGCGGUGAUGGACCGGAACACCGGACAGUUCAUACCCGAAGAAGAGAACCUGCGAGAGAAAGGGGAGUGGGGACAGUACACACUGUGGCAGCAAGGAAAGAAGGUUGGGAACUCAUGUCAGGGUGUCCCCAAGACCUGUUCACUGUUGGAGAAACACCCAGAGGCAACGGGCUGCAAGAGGGGACAGAUUAAGUUCUCCGUCAUGCACCCGGGCACACAUGUGUGGCCUCACACUGGACCCACCAACUGCAGACUCCGGAUGCACCUGGGCCUCGUCAUCCCCAAGCAGGGCUGCAGGAUCCGCUGCACCACCGAGACCAGGCAGUGGGAGGAAGGUAAAGUCCUCAUCUUUGACGACUCCUUUGAACAUGAGGUGUGGCAGGACGCUGACAGUUACCGCCUCAUCUUCAUCGUGGACGUUUGGCAUCCGGAGCUGACGGCGUAUCAGCGUCAGACUCUGAGCCCCAUCUAACCUGGGGAACUCCGCCCACUUCUUCUUCUGUGGUCAAACUGAGGCGAACGUGUCCGGGCAGAAGGACGGGCCCCGUGGGCGGAUGAUGCUCUGGGUCUGUUUUGGUGGAUAAACUACUAAACCCAUGGAAGGACUGAACCGUGGAAGUGAAGGAUGCUGGGUAAUAGAUACUACUGAGUCGCUCUGAACAGUCCAGUACGUGUCUGAAUGUGGAAAACCUCGCAACGGGAACCAUUCGGAGAAAACAUCAGGAUUUACGGGUGUUUUGCACUAAAAUCAGAAUGAAAAAACAGAAAAUAUUUAGAAAAACCACAGGAAGGAGCACCACACAGCGGAUUAAAAACACAUUCAGAGGGAAAAGUCCAAAUAUUAUAAAGAAAAAGGUGAAAAUAGAUGAGAACAGAGUCAUAUUUUUAUA